UUCGAGAAUUUUCCAUAUAUAGACGUAUUUUGUUAACGAAAGCCCAAUUAGAAUUCCCCAGAAACAACCACAGUCUCUCUUCUGCUCCUAUAAAUAUCAAACCCACAUUAAUCUCACCAUCGAUGAGAAGAUUACUAUCUCUGUUACCUAUCAGAACUGUUCUUAGCGAUAAGCAAAGUAGAAAUGGCUAUGAUUCCAAGUUUCUUCGGUGACUCGCGAAGCAGCGCUUUCGAUUUGUGGGAUCCGUUCAAGGAUUUUCCAUUUUCUUCUUCAUCUUCAAUAGUUUCUCGAGAAAAUUCUGCUUUUGUAAAUGCUCGGAUCGACUGGAAAGAGACACCAGAAGCUCAUGUAUUCAAGGCUGAUCUUCCUGGGCUUAAAAAAGAGGAAGUGAAGGUAGAGAUUGAAGAUGAUAGAGUGCUUCAAAUCAGCGGAGAGAGAAAUAUGGAGAAGGAAGAUAAGAAUGACAAGUGGCAUCGCGUGGAGCGUAGUAGUGGCAAGUUCUUGAGGAGAUUCAGGCUGCCAGAGAAUGCAAAGAUGGAUCAAGUGAAGGCUUCAAUGGAAAAUGGAGUUCUAACAGUGACUGUUCCUAAGGAGGAAAUCAAGAAACCCAAUCUCAAAACUAUUGAGAUUUCUGGUUGAGCUAUUAUUUCCCGUAUGCGAACUUAUAAAUAUAUGGGUUGUGAUUAUUUGAAAUUUAUGAGGUGGUGUUUGAUGUAAGGCUUCUUCUAAUUUGUCUCAGUUUACCUAACUUCCAAUAAAAAUGAUCAAAAAGGA